CUUUUUAUUACUACAGUAUCGGACUCGUCAGUCGAUUACCUCAUAAAUAAAAUAUGGAAUUCGAUUUAGAGAAAUCCACCGGUUUUAGUUUAGUAAUAAUAUUUGUUGAGAUACACCGGGCAGAACGCGGGCAAUCUGAUAUUGUGACAAGACUUAUCUAGAGAACGUGCGUUUGUCUAGAUUUAGAUAUUUUGACUUUGAUUGUUUUGGAUUUGUUCGGUUUAAAGCUGUUGUUAUUUAUUUGCUAAAGUUUUGUGUACUUUUAAUUUUUUUUUCUUCAAAAAGGAUUAGAAAUGAUGAUCUCGAUACUUAUACAUGGACGAUGACAGCACUACAACAGUACACAUCAGAAGAAUAGUAGUGUGAACACUCCGAAUUUUACAGGAAAAAGUGUAGAAGCUCCCUCUCAAAAUGAGGGGUGUAUUAGUGUGUACUGUGGUGUUAUUUAGUGUCUUAUUAUCAACCUCUUCCGGACGAGUUCUGGACAAAACAGACAACGAUGAAACGAAUAGUUCCUUAAACGAACCACUCUCUGUCUAUCUAACAUCACCACAUCAUAGACACAGAACGUUUAUUCCCUUUGCCAUGCCCCUGUCAGAUGACAAUACGACAGAUAAUAACACUUGUGCCGAUGAUGAAGACGAGUUUCCGCCAUUUUUUACCAUAGAACAACAGCGCCACGGAGCUGUUGCUGUUUGUGUUCUCGUUGCUAUUUACUGUUUCACUUUGCUGGCUGUGGUGUGUGACAAAUACUUUCUGCCCUCUAUCGAGAGACUUUGUGAAGUCCUAAACAUAUCCGCCGAUGUUGGAGCUGCAACUUUUAUGUCUGUGGCCACUUCAUGUCCAGAACUCUUCACCAACAUCAUAGCCACGUUUGUGACCGGUUCAGAACUAGGUAUAGGCACUAUCGUCGGAUCUUCUAUGUUCAAUUCUCUUGGAGUUGCUUCUAUUGGAUCUCUAGCAGCAGCAAAACCAAUUAAACUUGAUUGGUGGCCUGUGACCAGAGAUGUUUGCAUAUACAUGGUUGCCAUAUCGGUACUGGUCGCGAUUGUAUGGGACAACGUGAUAUACUGGUACGAAGGCCUAACUCUGUUCAUCAUAUACUUUUUGUAUUUCUUCGUUAUGUUCCAAAAUCCGAAAAUAUCCAGAUUCGUUAGAAGAACCGUGGACAAGUUCAGGAAUAGAAAUAAAGUUGCACCAAUGAAAAAUGAAGCAGCUAAAGAUGAUCUCGAAAAAGAAAAGGAAUACAACAGGGAUUCUGUCAGAGUGUCUGUACGAUCAGCAUUCGGAUCAUACUCAGAAAACGUCAGAAAGUCUGGCUAUGAGAACUCAGAAGAAUAUAGGAGAGCACAGUUAGCCGAAAAGGAAUAUCAGGAAAAAGAGAACAAAAGUCCGUUUAAAGUACCAGAAGGAGGUUUUUGGGUGAAAUUUUUCUUCUUCUACCUGUGGCCCAUCAAGAUGGCCUUGCGCUGUACCAUGCCCAAUCCCAAGACCCAACCAAAAUUGUUUCCCAUCACUUUCAUCAUGUGUAUCGUAUGGAUCGGUACGAAUUCUUAUAUGGUGUCGUGGAUGAUUAGUAUCAUUGGUACUGUCUUGAAUAUUCCUUCCACUGUACAGGGUAUGACAUUUGUAGCUUUUGGUGGAUCUUUGCCCGAAUCUCUUUCAAUAGCAAUCAUGUCAAGAAGAGGUGAGGGUAAAAUGGGUGUCUCAAACUCCUUGGGUGCCAACACCAUGAACAUCCUCUUCUCCCUAGGAAUGCCGUGGUUCUUCAAAACCAUCUCCAUGGGUGCCAACAACGAUGCCUUCAUAACCAUUCAUUCCGGUUCAAUAGUCUACACAAUCACUGCCCUCAUUAUUGUAGCUAUAUUCCUCUAUUUUACGUUACUGUUAAACAAAUUCACGCUGUCCCGGAGGACAGGCUGUAUAUUAGUACCUACCUACGUAGUUUGUAUAGUACUGGCAUGUCUGUCAGAGAUGGUAUUCUUUCCUAGUAGUAGUUGUUAGCUGUUUUUAUAUUGAAAUUUCUUAGUUCUUACAGAACAAAUUUUGUAUAUAUUGUAUAUAAAAAAAUGGACUUAAUAUUUAAGAGAAUGCCAAAAAAGACUGUUUUUUGGACAGUAUAUAGUGCCAUACAGUUAAAAAUGUGUUUCUGAAGUAUCGUAUAAUCGAAAAAAAAACGGUGUCAAAGUAGGCUGGAGAAUGACAAUCGAUGAUAAUUAUAAAAAUCAUUUUACUCAAUAUAAGAAUAAAUUACAACCUUCUUAAAAUAAUAAAGAAGAGUAUGGGUCAAGUAAAUAACGUCUAGGUCUUGACUUCGCCAAAAUUAUCAUAGAUUGUUAUUUUCUAGCCCUCUCUGACGUCUUUUUUUUCGAUCGUGUGAUAUGUAGAGAAUAUAUGUAUUAAGAUAAGCACUUACAUUAAGAAAAUUUGAUAAGCAGAUGUUAUUAUACAAUAUUUUAUACAAACUAUUUAUUUAAACAAAUAUUAGUCAGACAUAUCAAAAUACACUGCCAAAAUACGCUACAAACUCAUAAAAUCAGCAUUAUAUAUGAUCAAAUCAAACUAGAUGGAGUGUGAUGUUUAUACAAUAUGAUGGAAAAAAACGGCGUCAGCGGUGGGUAUGAAAUGAAGAUCGCUGUCAUUUUAUACGCCAACUGGACGCCCUUUUUUUUUCGAGCAUAUGCUAGAAGUUGGUUUAGCUGAUGGUAGUUAAAAAAAAUGUAAAAAUAUCUGUUCUGUGAUAUAUAUAUAUGCAAUUUAUUGAACAAUUUUCUUAAAGUAGUGACAUAUAUAAUUUUUUGGUACCAUUAUCUAUAUACCAAAGUCUAUUAUUAUAUUUUUUUUCUAAUUUUACAUGUGUUUGAUAUCUUUGUAUAUAAUGUGGAGUUGUAUAUAAGGUCAAAAAUUAAUUUAAAAAAAUCAUUUAUUUUUAUACGUAAAUAUGUUAAUUUUUAUUUUUAUAAAAUGGUUGCUGUUACAACCAAUCGUGAUGAUAUUAUAUAUGUGUAUAUAAGGCAAUAAUUUUAUUUGUUAAAUAUGUAACACUAUGUGACAAAUAAAUAUUAGUAGAAUUUUA